AUGUGUUACACCAGUAUCCUGCAUUUCACCGACUGCGACACCCGUCGCCCUGCAGUCAUUAACCCCGAAACCCGCACAACCCUCUACCAUCCCCUCGAGCCUCCAAAAAUCUGCAAACAUGCUCACCCUCUCAUCCCCGGCUGUCCAUACCACGGAUCCUGCUGCAAACCACGCCAGAUGUUCUAUUGCAGCAGAAUUCGCAACCCGCAGAUCGCAUGUCUAGGCGGACAAGCCUACCACCAAGUCGUGGACCCGCGCAGCCUAGACUCAUACGACGAUCUGUUGACUGUCAGCUAUUAUGAUUGGGAGGAUAUGCACAAGCCUACGCAAGGAUUGAAGUAUGAGGAGGAUAUUCGACGGGAGUUCUUUGAUGCGGGCGCAAGGAUGUAUGAGCUUUCUACCCAUGGCUUAAGGACUAUCAAGUGCUUCAAUCAGAACGCAAUUUUUCCCAAUGUUGCCCAGAUGGAAGAACUUGACUUUCUCCAGCAUGGCGAGACAUAUUGGGAAUGGUUGGUCGCGCGCGAAGAACUUCACCAGCUCACGCAAGGAUGGGAACGUCGCGCCAGAAAAGGCACCAUGGAGGUCUGUCCCGCCAGUCACCUCGAAGAGCAUCCGAUUUUGAGCACCUUCCCCAAAGGUCCCUGGACACACCCUGGAUUCCCUCAAUUUGUGUCUCUACCGUUCACGACUGCCCAGACUUUUAAGGGUCUUGAGGAUGUUCUCCGCUGGCACCCUUUUUACACGACGAUGCAUAACAUGCCCUCUACGCCUAAGACUAUUGUUCAGCGAUCGCACUCUCCUGCACGACCACACAGCGUCAAUACUGACUAUGUUCGUCGUCGGGUAGAGAAUGCAAACCGACCCUGGCCGGGUGAGUGGGAGGGCAUCAUUCCUUCAGGCAAGGAUCUUCCUCUCCGGGAUUGGAAUCCCUCUAGUAAGCAUUCUUCUAUGCUUCCUGUUGCUGGAAGUGAUCUGGAUGCUGAGUCUCCUGGACCUCAGAUUCCUCCUUGGGUGAUUCCUUACGGUGAAGACCCUGAUAUGGGCUUUAAGAAGGUCAUCCCCUGGAAUGAACCGGCUACAUUUGUUGAGUCACCGCCUGUCAGUCCCAAGACUGUUCCCUCUCGCGUGGUGAUUCCAGCUACUCCAGAGGUUAAUGAAGCCGUGGCUGUUCUUGAUGAGAUCAACUCUAUGCCCUACGACGAUGCAGGUCAAACCGAGUCUGCCUAUCCCAAUGACGGUGGAUGGAGCGAGUACGUCAAUGUCGAAGGACGAGCUAUCCGGGACUACAUGCGUGUUUCCAUCCCUCAAACUCCUUCUGAUCAUGAUUCAGAAUUGACCAGGGAUGAUCCCAAUGAUGAGCAGUUCCAGUGGUGGCACGAUUACAUCUCUGCCGAAGAACGAGCUGUUUGGGAGUUUCUCCGUAAUAUUGACCAGCAAUCGCCUAAGCUUAAGAGGCGACGAAGCGAUGACUCGGAUAAGGAGAAUGAUUCAAGAGAAGCCAAGCGAUACCGUACGGCUUAA